AACGUUCCAGCGGAUGGGUUCAAGCUACAAACCUAUCACUCGGGUCUUCUGUUUCCUUCUGUAUCCAUAGAAAGCAUUUUAUGGUUGUGCUUGUAGUUUUGUAAAUCUUUGUAAUCUGGUGUUUCUUACUGUCUGAUUCUUCGUGUUUCUGCUUCCUUCUGUGAUAUCGGAUCCUGUUUCGUUUAGUUGUCGUCUGUCUUAUUUCCUUUGUCAUGGUCUUAAUUAGUGUCAGCUGUGCCCUGGUGUUUCCACGCUGUAUCUCCUGUGUCUAUUUAAAGCUGACGUCUGCACCUGUUCUCUGACUGCGCUCCUGUUGCCCUCCCUUGUGUGGGCUCUGCUGCCUUUUGGUUCCCUGCAGCACCUUAAUAAAGAGCCUGGUCUCACAGGUGCACACAGGUGUGCUGCUUUCAUUCCAGGGUGUUCAAGCAUUUAUGGAAGCUGCUGUUUCUUUAGGUCCAGUCUGGAUUCGAGCGUCCGUCUGUUUGCUCUCGUGUGCACUGACUCGUGCACAUUAAUACACGGCGGUCCUGUAGGAGUCGUCGGGUUGGCGAAUCAUUUUGCUGCUCUCGCCACAGUUUGAAUCAAACGUGGUAAAUAGAGUGUCAGUUAAACACAGCAGCGGCUCGAGGUGCUUUAUACUAUAAAUAACACAAUAACAGACGUCACAAAAUAAGCUGUUAAUGAAACACCGCCUGGUCUGAGUUGUUAGUCCAUCAAAGCGUUUGAAUAAUGUCCCAAAUUUGGUUUUAAGCCAAACAUUUUUAGGUGUUAUGGAAGGCGAGGUGUAAUGGUGUAUGGCUGUGAAUGUUUUCCUGUGAUAAAUGCAGACUGAAGCUCGGUUCUCCUCUUCCUCGGCCCCUUAAGCCCAUUAGCAGCGAGGCGCUGAACGCUGUGACGCCGACCGAUCGGGUAUUUCUGGGUUUGGGAGAAGCGUGAGUCAGCUGGCUGAGACUGCGUUUCUUUGAAAGACUGGAACAUCUCUGCGACGGCACGAACACAUUUCUGUCUGAACAGGUUACAGAGCCAUAAAUAUGUGGACUCGUGUGUUUGAGGGCCGAUGAGCGGCUGCGGUAAAAACGUCUCACGCUGCGACUGACGUGUGAAGAACAACAUGUCCUGUCCCUGUGUAAAACACGCCGUGGCUCUCAUUAAAAACACAUUCAGGCGCCGUCGGUGUCCUGACCUCUUGUUUUACAAGCUCUCAUCCGGUGAAACACGGAAACGACAAAUUUAAAUGAAGCGUCGUCUCCGCGCGACACCUGCUGCGAGUAGGAGUCCUCAUUAAUGUAUCGCUGACAUUAAUAGUGAUGAAAUAUUCUGCAGCACCAUCUGGCAGGCUGUAAGUCGUGCAUCAGAGCGGAGGGACGGCGCUCUAACGUGUUUAUUAACGUGACAGCGACACGUAUGUUGGAGCGGCUCUCUGACAGGCUGACAGGACGACUCCAACCGUCAACACCGCUCUUACCUCUGCCGGGACAAUCUGGCGUCCCGUGGCCCUCGUGGGGCUGCUCCAGCUGCGUCGUGGACCUGAUGGUGGUCAGAGAGACCAAAGCCGGGCCUGAAACAUGUCUGCAGUAAGCGAGACGGUGCGCUGCCAUCAGAAACACAUCCAUCGCCGUUUUCUGUGAGCGUGCGGGUUCACACGUCUGACCCGUGACAGGCGGUAAAGAGCACUUAUAUAUAUGUGGGGAUUGUUUGCAGGAAGUAUCCUGGUCCAUUUGAUCCCCUCUGGCUCGGGCUGUUUGCCUCCUCUCGCACUGACCCAGCGUUUCACCGCAGCAGUCAGAGGGGGGAUGAAUAAUUUAGCUGUGGUGGGCUGCCUGGCCAGCACCGCCGCCGCUAACCCACAUAGCAGCGCUCUCAGUGGGCUGCCAUCAGUGUGGGUUUGGCUGGAAGGGACAGACCUGCUGUGACAGCCAGUAAACAAUUAAUGGUCCUCGUGUGGGGAAAGGCUCUGCUGAUAAACCCAGGACUGAGCUGUGGACGCCUUUGUUAUAAAAAUAACUUCAUUCAUAGCAGAUGGUAGAAACGGUGUUAAGAAAUAAAGGAGCAGAUAAAUGGAGCGAGUCAGCUUUAAGCUGAAUGUUUUCAUGUUUCUGCUCUUUGAACUUUGAACUUUUGUGUUUGUAACCUGUCGUGUUUUUGUCCACGGGGGAAAAUGCGACACGAUCACUGUCUGGGUGACUGAGGACACGCCUCUCUGUUCUCGUCAGUGGGGUUAGCAGGAAGUUGAAUCAAGUCAGGAGGAGAGGGCGGGACUUCCUGGACCAAUCAGCUCUAUAAGUGAUGAAGACCAGCACCCUGCCCUCCUCCUCCCCCAGAGUCGGGCUGCUGCAGCAGUCGUUAGCAGUAGCUGCAGGCUCUCCUGGCAAAUCCUUGCAGCUCAGGCUGAAGCAGAGAAAAUGGCCAACACGAGACGUGUUCAGAGCUGACAGGCGAGCGUCGGGCCGAGGCUCGCCAUAAAUUACCUGCAAUUGUGAGAGCCUUACAGAUUCAAUCUGAGCAGACGGACCAGCGCCGCCUCGCCGGUUAGAUAUUUAUGAGCCGACAUCUGCCACGCAGACCGUGAAAACACAGCCGAUGCUGGAUCAGCUGAUCCGUCCCUGAUCUCGGAGACGGAGACGAUUAACCGCCGGAGUGCGCACACUUCCACCAGCAUCAGGGCCUCACAGCUCAGAGCAGGAAAUCAAUGCUCACUUCCUGUCCUGGUUCUAACUGGAGCGCGACUGUCUGUGAUUUCUGGGAGGUUUCCUCGUGACUCAGCCGGUCUCCUGACCAUGAAGUGAUGAUGUCAUAACAUGUCAUUUCAUAACGUUUCCUGUUCAGAUGCAUCUACUUACACUUAAGAAGAAAUGAGGCAACGGCGUCAAUGACAUGAAGGUUCAUUCUUGUAGAUGUGUGGCGUGGAGGCUCGCUGGCGUCUCCUCGUGUUCCAGUCACCGUGGUUUUCGUGGGGUCGUCUUUUCCCUCCUGCUGCAGCCUGCAUGCUGCUCCGGGCUGAUCUGAACUUCUCUCAACAUUAAGACUCUCAGCUUUCUCCUCGCCCACGCAAAGCAAAGAGUCCGCGGGUCAGAGGCUCGUGAGGAUCGGCUCGGGGGCCCGAUUAGAGAGCUCCUCUGCAAACCUCCGAGCAGCCGCAGGGAAGUGCUCAGCUUCUCCCAUCGAGCUGCAGAAAGAAGAGGAGAAAUUUACUGCAUGCUCAGUCUGCUCCACCCACGGCACAUUUCUACACAAGAAGUGUGGAAAAAUAUCCCCACAGCUCAGGCAGCAACCUGGAGAAAGGCACAGAUUUACAUCUAUCUACAACUCACCUGUUUCAGUUAUAUUGAAGGUUGCAUUAUUAGGGGCGUGGCCUCUCUGACCGACAGGUGGUUACCGUGCUAACAGACCGAGCGGCUGCAGGGCGGUUGAGUGUCGGCGCGGCAACGCGCUGAAUGAAUGAGAGGUCGUCCUAAACGAGCGUGUGCAGGCGGCGUUGCGGCAGAUCGUUGCUGCUCCUGUGCGACGUGGUGAUUGAUAUUCAGAUGAUUGGUGCGUCUGCUGUGCGUGCCCCUCCUCCUGUGUGCAGCUGCUCUCACACUGGCUCGGCAGGUUUUCCAUUUACAGCCUGAUAUAAAAUUUAUAGCCGCUGAGAUCGGAUAGUCGCUCUCAGUAACACGGUUAGAGUCUGUGUUCGCUGGACGCUGUGGUAACAGGAGAGGCGGGGUUAAAGAACGCAGGUCUGCUUGUUAUCCCACAUUUAAAGAAGUGAGCUGAAUACGACGACGAUGAUGAUGGUGAUGAUGGUAAAUUAGCUUUAAAGCAUCAGACGAACUCCUGGAGCCCGACUCUGACCUGUGGAGUCAGGCUUCACCUGAGCCUCUGCAUCACCUGAAGGUCUGCUCAGGUGUAACACGGGCGCUGUUUUUAGACGUCUGUGUUUGUGAGCAUUUGCUGUUCUUGAGUGUUCUUGGUGUGUUUCUCCGUCCCCGUGAGCAGGACGAAGCCUGUGAUGGCUGAGGCCCCUCCUCUCGCUCUGCAUGUUGACGGCAGCACGUUUCAGACUGGAGGUUGUUCCUCCCCGGCUGUAAAGUAAAUGUGGAGGAGACGGAUUAAUAAGCAGUCUUAUGGAAAUGUGUUCACCCUCAGCUCAUUAAAACGUACAGGUGGCCUCGUCGUGUCAGGGCCCCUCACAAACAAAUGGACCUCCACCCUCGAUCCGGUCUAAUAAAUGCAGGCGCGGAGUGGGAAUCACAUUUAGCUGCUUGUUAAUGCACCACCUCGGCGCUCCGCGGCCUGCCGAGUGAUUAAUGCUGAGGCGACGCAUUCCUGGGAAACACCUGCUCUCUGUCCAGGUGAGCUGUCGUAGAAGCAUCGCGCUAUCAGAGCUGCAGCGAGGAGACGCAUCCUGCUAAUGAAACUGUCCAAUUAACUCCAGCAGCGGGAAAGCGUGCUGUCACAUGGACAGCAGUGAGAGGUGUGGAAACUCACAGGUGGAUUAAAGUUUCACCGACUCUGAGUAAACGUUUGAGAGGAUUUCCCACACACAGCUCAGGUGGGUUUAAACCAUUAGACUACCUCAUGCAGGGCGCCGUUUUAUUGGAUUAGCACAAACCACACUUAUGUAGCUGCUUGGUACAUAAUAUAUCAUAUAUCUGAACGGUUUGUUCAGCACUGAGACAAAAAACUGAGAAACAAGUUCAGCUUGUGAAAGUAAAUGGACAGCGUGAGCCUGAAGAACCACAAAUCUGUCCAAAUACUUGUGUGAAAACGUCUCGUAGUCUGUCUCGGGUAGCGUCGCCGUCGUGUCAGCGAUGCGGACAGUUUGCUCUGUGCUGCUGUCACAGGUCAGGAUCAGUGAAGCAUAAAGAGGAGAAAUCGAUAAAAGUGACCUGACGUGGCCGCGGUUCAUCCGACGCUCGUGACAAACGGUGCUGUCGGCGAUUAACUCGCCACGCAGGCGUCAUUAGUACAUGAACUUAAGAUCAUUAAGAGAAACCAGCGACCAGUCAAAUCAUGAAUGACUGAAUGGAUGCACAUAUUUGUUGGUAGUCAACGACUUGACUAAAGCCACAAAGGGCUGCUUUUUAUGAAAACAGCACUUAGGAAGAGAAAUAAAAGUCGGUUUUUUUCAUGUGCGUCCGUCACAUCCAUGCACUUUUUUCCAUGACUUUGAUGUUUUGAGGAGCUCCGGCCGAGUCCUGCAGAGGGCUGUGAGACACGUCCUCUCCCCCUGAAGGUUGAGACUCCCGGUCCAGUAACCUUCUCUCUAUGAGCCGAUCCGCUCACAUUCAUCGGCUGCUAUUAUUAUGAGUGCAUUCGGUGGAUGCAGCAGUUCGUCUUCGUCUCCACCUGCUCCUCUCUGCUGGUAAAAAUAGAUCAGUUGGAGCUCAGCAUCUUUCCCGAGCUUCCACCGGGACAUUCCUCAUUUAACUGCAAGGAAUUAGCAUAUUAGCGCCACUUUAGAGCCAAUCCCGGGCCGCGAUGCUGCCAAGCCUCGUCCUGCUUCCACAGGAGUGGAGCCAAAGCAGGCGUCCAAGAGAGAUGGAGGGAGCGGAGGAGAUCAGAGAGCGCCACGUCUUCCAUCUCCAGCCAGCUCACACAUCCACCCACCGCUCUCCUCUUUUAGCAUCCCUCGUCCUCCGCCUCCCCGCGCUGUGAUGAGCGGGGAGAACAAAGGCCUGGAAUUCCCUGGGAUGGAGGAAAGUGGCUGCGGGCGAGCCGCCAGCCUUCACUUUGAGCUGCUUCUGCCCUGCUGGGAGAGGAAGCGGGUCAUUCAGCGCGAGCUUGUUGGGCUCGAAGGUUGAUCUGAACGGCGUCUUCAUUCUCACGACGCCAGGAGACUUCCUGUUAGCCGCGCACAUCUCAACUGUCGCCCCCGCAGCCUCUCAGCGGGCUGCUUCGUGUCUCGUCGGCCUUCAGCUCGGCACAAAGAGAGAGAGCGACUUGAGGGGGAUCAGUUUGUGGGCUUCUGCUUUUUAAGGCAUCCUCAUGGUCAGGAGCGGCCCGGUGACUCCGCCUCCAUCACGCCGUGUGUUAUUACUUUGACACUUUGCAGAUUUUCAAACGUGUGCAGCAUCCACACCGAUUCAGAUUUAAGUAAAUGAUCGAUGAGUCCCGCCUCCUCUGAGGACGACCCUCCUCACUGGCCUGUCGCUCGCCCUCCUCAUCAUCUCCGUGAUAAAUUAAAAGUAUUAAUGGGGCUGCUAAUGAGGUAAUUAGUUUGUUGAAUUAAUGGUUAGCUAAUGUUUUCGUUCCUGACAGCACACCAGGUGGACCCGGUGGGUGGUAUUAAUAUUAAAUCUGUGUUUUUGAACAUGAAGGAGAGGCCCAGCUGCUGCCUCGCCUCGCAGACACGCUGCUUCCUGAUAAACACAAACUUCAGCUGCCAAACGUGGAAAGGGUGAGAACACCGGUCGACCUCUGAAAAUGAAAGCACGCAGAAGCAUCACGGUGAAGGCAGAGGCUUCACUAUCUUCUGUAUUUGUUUUAGUUUCCUUCAGUUACUCAAUGUGAGGGCGUGCGACAGAUGACCCGGGAGGGCGAGCGUGGCGAGCUCGUUUGUGCAAAGAUUUUGCAGGUUUGUUCUGAACCACAAUCAGCUGCAGUUCUCACCAGAAUGACAUCAUGACUAUCAGAAACACAAACGCCGGCUUGUGCGAGCGUGUCGACGCACUUCCUUUAAAGGAGCGACACAAACAGCUUGCAUCCUGCUGCUGUGACGCUGCGUUCGUCUUCUGCGUGGACGAGGCCCAAAGCUCUUCCGUGGUCGUUCUCGUCCUUCUCCAACAGAUCCCUCAGAUCAGCUACGCCUCCACGGCGCCGGAGCUGAGCGACGACCGGCGGUACGACUUCUUCUCUCGGGUGGUCCCUCCGGACAGCUUCCAGGCUCAGGCCAUGGUGGACAUCGUCAAGACCAUGGGCUGGAACUACGUCUCCACGGUGGCGUCGGAGGGCAGUUACGGCGAGAAGGGCGUGGAUGCCUUCAUGCAGCUCUCCAGAGAGGCGGGUGGAAUCUGUAUCGCUCAGUCCCUGAAGAUCCCUCACGACCACAAACCCUCCGACUUCGAUAAAAUCAUCCGCCAGCUGCUGGACACUCGGUACGCCAGGGCGGUCAUCCUGUUCGCCUCCGAUGAAGACAUCAGGGGCAUCCUGAACGCCAGUAAGCGAGCGGACCAAGUGGGUCAUUUCCUGUGGAUCGGCUCCGACAGCUGGGGCGCCAAAAACAGUCCCAUCCAGCACCUGGAGGACGCCGCGGUGGGAGCCAUCACCAUCCUGCCGAAGAGGGCCACCAUCAGCGGGUUCGAUGCCUACUUCACUUCGCGGACUCUGGAGAACAACAGGAGGAACGUGUGGUUUGCCGAGUACUGGGAGGAGAACUUCAACUGCAAACUGAUGAGCUCCUCCAAGAAGGACGAGAGCAGCAGGAAGUGCACAGGUCAGGAGCGCAUCGGCAUCGACUCAAAGUACGAGCAGGAGGGGAAGGUGCAGUUCGUCAUCGACGCCGUGUACGCCAUGGCCCACGCUCUCCACAACAUGCAGCGUGACAUGUGCCCCGAGAACUCCGGCAUCUGCCCCGAGAUGGAGAUCGCCGGGGGCAAGAAACUGCUCAAGUACAUCCGCAGCGUCAGCUUCAACGGAAGUGCCGGUACGUCUGUGACGUUCAACCGUAACGGCGACGCUCCCGGGCGGUAUGACCUGUUCCAGUAUCAGUGGAACAACGUGACCGGGCCGGGCUACCGCAUGAUUGGACAGUGGACGGAGACGCUGCAGCUCCAUAAGGAGGACAUGCAGUGGCCUCGAGGAGAACAGGAGGUUCCCACCUCCGUGUGCAGCCUUCCCUGUAAAACUGGCGAGAGGAAGAAGGUGGUGAAAGGCAUGCCCUGCUGCUGGCACUGCGAGCCCUGCGACGGAUACCAGUUCCAGCCCGACGAGUUCACCUGCAAGCUGUGCUCCUACAACAUGAGGCCCAGCGCCAACCGCACGUUCUGCCAGCCCAUCCCCAUCACAAAGCUGGAGUGGCACUCGCCCUGGGCGGUGAUUCCGGUUUUCCUGGCAAUGCUGGGCAUCAUCGCGACAAUCUUCGUCAUGGCUACGUUCAUACGGUACAACGACACGCCGAUCGUCCGGGCAUCUGGCAGGGAGCUGAGUUACGUCCUCCUGACUGGGAUAUUUCUGUGCUACAUCAUCACGUUCCUCAUGAUCGCCAAGCCAGAUGUCGGCGUGUGCUCGUUUAGAAGGAUUUUCCUCGGUCUGGGGAUGUGCAUCAGCUACGCCGCCCUCCUCACCAAAACCAACCGCAUCUACCGAAUCUUCGAGCAGGGCAAGAAGUCUGUGACGCCGCCGAGGCUGAUCAGUCCCACCUCGCAGCUCGCUAUCACCUCCAGCCUAAUCUCGGUCCAGCUCUUAGGGGUGUUAAUCUGGUUCGGGGUGGACCCGCCCAACACCAUCAUAGACUACGACGAGCAGAAGACCCUCAACCCCGAUCUGGCUCGAGGGGUGUUGAAAUGCGACAUCACGGAUCUCCAGAUUAUCUGCUCGUUGGGUUACAGCAUCUUACUGAUGGUGACGUGUACUGUUUACGCCAUAAAGACCCGUGGGGUCCCGGAGAAUUUUAACGAGGCCAAGCCCAUCGGCUUCACCAUGUACACCACCUGCAUCGUGUGGCUGGCCUUCAUCCCCAUCUUCUUUGGCACGGCGCAGUCGGCAGAAAAGCUGUACAUCCAGACCACCACGCUGACCAUCUCCAUGAACCUCAGCGCGUCCGUGGCCCUCGGCAUGCUCUACAUGCCCAAAGUCUACGUCAUCAUCUUCCACCCGGAGCUCAACGUGCAGAAGAGGAAACGAUCCUUCAAGGCCGUCGUCACGGCCGCCACCAUGUCAUCCCGGCUGUCACACAAGGCCAGUGACCGGCCCAACGGAGAGGCCAAGACGGAGCUGUGCGAGAACGUCGACCCCAGCAGUCCAGCAGCUAAGAAGAAGUACGUGAGCUACAACAACCUCGUGAUCUAACGGCGCUCCUCCGUCACUGCAGAGCGAGAUGUCUGAUCUCCUGCAAGAAGGACGAGCAACGGGAGAAAAGCGGCGACGUGCAGGACUUUUUCUUUCUCUUCUUUUGGUCUCAUGUGCUUCACCGCCCAUCGGAGACGUUCAGGUGCAAAGCGGAGCGUGGUGGGACGACCUCUGAACUCUGACCCCUCCAGGUCGAGAAAAGCUCCAGAAAUAAAAAUCUAAUUGUUUUGUUGUUGAAGUGAUGCCAGUGGUUGUGAGGUCGAACACGGCGGAUGCAUCGGGCGGCGAUGACUGGGCGGCGCCGAUGGGCUCCGUGCCGCCGGUGAUGUCAAACGAAGUGUGAGCCCGCCCCCUCGUGUCUCUUUAUGUACUUCCAAACUGCAAGUUCUCACCUUCCUGUCCGCGUGUGUAGUUCUUUAUGGCUUAUAUGUCGGCCUCUUUCCGUUGGUUUGAUUUCUGUUGGUUUGUAAGACGGCUGCGGUUGCCAUGCCGACGACAGAUGUACUUUGCUUCUCGGUUUUAUUGAAGCCAUAUUCUUCUUCGCUCGGAGAUUUGGAGGGCUUCGCUCGCGCUGCCACCUGGACUCACAUUUUUAUCCUGCAAACGUGAGAAAAAAAAGCCUCUGAAAACAAAGUUUUUAUGACUCGCUCGGCUCGUUUGCUCCUGACUACAUAUCCCAGAAUGCACUGGGCUGCAUGCAGGAAACAGCUGCAGGGCUGAAGGCAGCAGAGAAUUUUACAGUGCCCGCUCUGGGGGUGUCUGCUGGCAGUUAGCCACUGUGUAGCCUCGGAGCGGUACCUGCACCGUCCUGACCCCAGUCCUCUUACUCCACCCACACCCCUGCGGGUGGAGUAAGAGGACUUAUUUUACUCUUUCUUGGACUUGGCCUGUUCCCAUCAAUCAGGGACCAAACAUGGUUUUAUUGUCCCCCUGAAAAAGACAAGAGGUCGUUUCAAAAAUACACAAUCAUUGAAAUAGACUUCUUUAAUAAACAUGAUUAAAAAAUAUCAUACCUGAGCUGCGUGGUCACACACCCUGCAGCUCCACCCUCAGCCUCUUUUACCAGCUACUACAGCGUUUACCCAGCACAGUUUAGUCAUUAAAAAAUCUUCACGGUGGAAAUCAGAGUUUAAAAAACGGAUGAAAUCCAAACAGUGAAACAGAGUAAAAGAGGUUGAAGCCUUUUGGAGAGUCGUGCUCCAUUUUUAUUUGCUUAUAUGUCGACGAUCUGAUGCUCUGAAAGUUAAAACGAACGACUGGGAGCGCCGAGACCUGCUUUACCCUCUGCUUCCUGUUUGGACCUCAGUCACGCCGGCCUGGAGAUGGUUCCUCGCACGAGCAGAUUAACGAGGUUUAUUCCAGGUGAGAAUCAGCUGAAUGAAGCAAACCGUCAGUGUUGUGGAGAAACGGCGUUUUCAGAGGCUUUGACAAACACAGCAGCAGGUCUGAAAUCUGACCGUUCAGCUGGCCGUGACACGGAGCCAAAACAGUUUUUAAGUGUUUUUAAAGCCGUUCGUGGUCACCUGAUGAAACAUUCCCUCCCCAACAUGCGUGUUCUUCUCCACACACUGUUUGUAGGUGUUUGAUGGCGGCGGUGGGGGUGAGGGGCAGACCCUUACCCCGAGGGAGCCUCCUUCGGUCCAGGCUGAGUCUCUGCUGAUUUCAUGGACUAAAAAAACCAACUAAAGGUGUCGAUGUCGAGGUUGUCAAUGCAUGCCUGAUAUGUUUGAUGUUGAACCAGAAAAAUAAGUUCUGUGCCACAGUCGAUCCCACCUGUCUGCUCCGAAUCGUCCGUUCUUCGGUUCCUCGGAAACGUUCUCGCUCGGCAGAAUGUGGCUUUGUUCGGUUUCUUAUUCCCUGCAGGAGAAACACACGGAGAAUAUAUAUUUAAAAAAGAAAAACACGUUUUAAAAAGUGGAAGCAUGUAUGUUUUCUACUGUUUGUACUUGGUAUAUUCAUGUUGCCCUUGCUGCUUAUGUGCCAAUGUUGUGGGAGAGAUUUACAUUUGGCCACUCAUGCAACUAUUCUGUGGUGUCGUCCAAGAAUGUAUCAACAUGAAAUAAAACAUUUGGUUAUUUUUUUUAGAAACGCCGUCUGUGUAUCCAUGACGACCCUGAAACACGCUCUCGUGUGACCCUUCACAGCAGCUUUGCAUGAUUCACUGUUCACAAUAAUCCUUCUUUAUCUUACAGCCCAUCACUUCCUAGUCUAAAAAAAGGCCCCUCCCCCUUCCUUAAAUCCAGCUUUCUUCUGAUUGGCUGCCUCUUAAGACGCUCCUUAAGAUGACCAUAUAAGAAUGUUUCUUCACUAUGAGGAAGUCCUGCUCAGCUCGCUUGAGCGGCUGCACGACGCACGCCGUCCGGCUGGUCACCAGCACAGAGAAGCUGCUCUCUGAGUGACUGAGAGCGGCGAAAGACGUGACGUCAGCCUGUGAGCUGCAGCGUCACCUACACAUGCGCGUAUACGUGCACAUGUGCAGUAAAGCAAACAGAAUGGAGCUCUGUGUCUGCAGACGGCGAGCCUGGCCUCUCCAUGUCUUUAUCUCCAACAUGGAGAUAAGCUGCUGCAUGGAGAAAAGAUGGAGGUCGGCGAUAAGACCACAUCUGCCCGGCCAUCAGCCAAACGUGGAGGUCAAUGGAAGCACUGCCCGUGGUCAGAGAGGUUGCCGCGUCACUGCAAACUCGCAGACACUCAAUGAUUUACAUGUCGAGGAAAUCCGUGAAAGACGCUUCGUCUUGUCUGCUGCCGCGUGGAAACAGCGCACGCUGCAGCUGACCUCGAACACAGCGUUUACACACACCGAACACACGCCCCCCAGAGCACAUCCAGGUUAUUUAUGAGAUUAUAUCCACUGCAAGUGUCACUCGUGUGGACGUGUGAAAUGUGUAACAGGUCCACUCAGAAUGAACUCCCUGAUGCUUCAACCCCCCUCCAAGUGUUCGCUUGAACCCCGCCAGCCUCUCAGAGAGCCUGCGCUCCGUGGUUUACAUGUCCCGGUGGAAAAAGGCCGGAAUACUGAUCCACUUUUUAAAGAGGAAGAAGAAAAUCAGAAGAAACAAACUUCUCCCUGUGUGUGUCUUUGCAGUUAGCCCCUCCCCCUGAAGCCCUGCCAGUAACGAUAGAGCAGGACUUUGGCCGCCUCCCCCCGCACGUCCUCCUCAGCCUGCCUGAGCCGCAGAUAAGAGCGGCUGUGGGGAGGGCUCGGCUUCGUGUGGAUUCACAUAACUAACCUUUGGUGUCCAAUUAGAUUAGCCGCCGCCAAACCAAUUAGUGUUUCUGUGAGGAAGGAGGAGAUGCCAGCAGUCGUAUUAGCACUGAUAUCCUCGCAGCAGGCAAACAUGCUGACGGAGCUCUUCAGCAGCCACUGCAGUGGAAAAUGCAGCUUGUUUGCAAUAAGAGAAAAAAGUUUUGGAGCUGGAACAAAAAGCGUCCGGCUUUAACGAGUCAGAGGAGCCUGACAGCGAGGCCGGGUUCAUUUCCUGUCCCGAGGAGACAAACGCAGCUCAUCCAUUAAUGAAGCUCGCCGUUUAUCGCCCUUCCAGCCAGGACCGCUGCGAGCACCACGAAGCAUCGUUUAAAGCAAUCAGAGCGGCUUCGCUGUCACGCUCCGGAGCGCUGAGCUCUUUGGGGCGUUUGGGCGGAAACAGGAAGUAAGCGUUGCCACGGUUCAGUAAACUAGUCCCCGGGCGACAGCUUGAAUCACCUGAGCACGACUCGUCCCAGGUGAAAGGACAAAGUACAGCACUCUGAUGUACACCUCGCUCCACAGACACACACAAGCAGUUACACAAAAACUGUUUGACAUAUCAGUUAAACCCAUAACAGUGACACAGAUGUGAUGAAAGAGCUGAGAUCCAUGAAGAUCAGCAGCAGGACGACCGACAGCCCAGCUGAAGCACACCUGAUUCAGUGUGUUGUUUCCACAGGUAAAGGCAGGGUCACCUGUCACCUCACACUAUUAUUACAUGAUACUUAUAAUAUAGCUCCCUGUAUUAUUGGUCACAUGAUGUCGAGAGUCCGGAUCAGAAAAUAUUGUGCAGUCAAAAACUGAAGAGAACCAUGACUCAACAUCUGAACAUGACCUGAUGCUGAAGCGUAGUUUGGAUCUUUUCUUGCUGCUGGUUCGGUUGAUAUUGUUUGGAGAGCAACAAAACUGCAGCUUCAGAAUCAAACACAAAGAAGACGUCAACACAAAGAAGAC